AUGGGUAACACUCCAGGCACCUCGAAAAGGCGUUCUUCAAUUGAAGAGGAGUACACUGGAAGCGUUGGUGUGAUGAGCAAUCCGUAUUAUCCACCCAAACGGAAGUUUAUUUUACAAGCUUCUCAGGCUGUUAACGACGAUGAUCCUGUUGUAAGCAUCUUAACAGAAGGUCAUACGAUCGAGGCGAUAGCUAAUCAGCUGCGGAAUUCUCGUAUUCAGGAUACUCCUGAACGACCAUGCGUGUUUAUGGAUGUUGUCGGAAGUCCCGAAUCAUCGGGAGAUACAACCGAUGAGGCCCCGUCGCACACAACACUUCCUACCGUUUUUAAGUGGGAGGGUGGUGGGAAGGAAGUAUACAUAAGUGGAACAUUCAACGGCUGGAAAUCGAAAAUCCCAAUGGUCAAG